GGACACAGCGUUGGUUUCUCCAAGUGCGCACGGCGGCUGCCGCUGAGGGAGCGAGUCCUCGUGCCGUACCCAAGCGCCUCCUGACCAACCUGCGCUCUUGUGGUGGAUUUUCUUUAAAACCCCCGCAAAAAACAACAACAACAACAACAACAACAAAAGACAAAACGCACACUGUCUAAAACCCCGCAGAGGAACCCGCGUACCACUCAUCACUGGACCUGCUGCAGGGACGCACACGUUUAACGCAAAACCCGGGGAUUAUUACUUGUUUAAAAGAUGAAGAUGUGAGGGUAUAAAAGCUGAGAAGACAGAAGCAGGAACUUCAAAGCUGCCAAAGAGAGGUGCAAGCCAGAGAGUAGAAACAAGAAGCAACUGAAGCAGCUGAAGAUAUGAGGCUAAAGAGGUUUUGAAAACAACUCAGUGAGUGCCAAGCAGUUUURCGUGAAGACCCCGACCAUCACUGCUCGGUCGGGGCCUCGGCUCCCUGGCCAGGUCAUCGAUUCGUCCCAUCCUGCCCCUCCCAGCCCCCUCUUCCCUACCGUAGUCGCUGCCAAGAUGGCCACUAGUGGUGCUCCUUGUCUSUCCUUGCCACUGUUACUUCAUGUGGCCACUCUGCUGCUAUCACUGCUGCUCACCUGCUCUCAAGCCUCAUCAAAGCCAGAGUUCACUAAAGUUCCUGUUGACCAGAUUGGUGUCUCGGGCGGAGUGGUCUCCUUUGUCUGCCAGGCAACGGGCGACCCCAAGCCAAAAGUUAGUUGGAACAAGAAAGGAAAGAAGGUGAACUCUCAGCGCAUAGAGACGAUUGAGUUUGACGAGGGUGCUGGCGCUGUGCUCAGAAUCCAACCACUCCGAGCACCACGUGAUGAGAAUAUCUACGAAUGUCUAGCAGAGAACAGCGCAGGCGAGAAUUCCGUCAGCGCCAAGCUCACCAUCAUCAGAGAGGACCUUCUGCCAUCAGGCUUCCCCAACAUUGACAUGGGUCCUCAGCUUAAAGUGGUGGAGAGAACUCGAACGGCUACCAUGCUCUGUUCUGCCAGUGGCAAACCUGACCCAGAAAUCACCUGGUACAAAGACUUCCUGCCCAUAGAUCCAAAUACAAGUGAUGGACGGAUCAAGCAACUGCGCUCUGAAAAAUUUGAGGGUACCCCGAUUCGAGGUGCCCUGCAGAUCGAGAACAGUGAGGAGUUGGACCAGGGGAAGUACGAGUGCGUGGCGUCUAAUGAGGAAGGCGUACGCUACUCGUCCCCCGCUAAUCUUUAUGUGCGAGAGCUUCGAGAAGUCCGGCGGGUACCUCCUCGCUUCUCCAUUYUUCCAGAAAGUAAAGAAAUAAUGCCAGGUGGCAGUGUGAACAUAACUUGCGUGGCAGUGGGGUCGCCCAUGCCUUAUGUCAAGUGGAUGCUGAACGCUGAGGACUUGACGCCAGACGACGAGAUGCCAGUUGGCAGAAAUGUUCUUGAGCUGAGCAGUGUCCGUGAGUCAGCCAACUAUACCUGCGUGGCCAUGAGCAGCCUUGGCAUCAUUGAAGCCGUUGCACAGAUCACUGUAAAAUCUCUCCCCAAGCCUCCAGGUACCCCUGUGGUUACCGAAACCACAGCCACUAGUGUGACYAUUACAUGGGACUCAGGAAACCCAGAUCCAGUGWCAUACUACAUCAUACAGUAUAAAGCCAGGUCCCCAGACAGCAAGUAUGAAACGGUGGAUAGCAUCACCACUACACGUUACAGCAUUGGUGGCCUCUACCCAAACACAGAGUAUGAAAUACGUGUCUCAGCGGUGAACUCAAUUGGACAAGGUCCACCCAGUGAGCCAGUCGAAACUCGAACUGGUGAGCAAGCUCCCGCCAGUCCACCAAGAAACAUUAAGGCCCAAAUUCUUCCUCAAAACACCAUGAUGGUGCAGUGGGAGGAACCCGAGGAGCCUAAUGGGCAGAUCAAGGGAUACCGAGUUUAUUACACUAUGGACGAUUCGCAGCCCAUGAGCCUCUGGCAGAUCCACAAUGUCCAGGACAAUCUCAUCACCACCAUUCAGAACCUAAUUCCUCAAGAAACAUACACAAUCAAAGUCCUUGCAUUCACAUCUGUUGGUGAUGGACCUUUUUCAGCCCCAAUUCAGGUCAAAGUAUUACAGGGAGUUCCAGGUCAACCAUCCAAAUUCCAAGUCGGUGCUGUGUCAGACACCAGCAUUGAGCUGACCUGGGAACCUGCAUAUGAGAAAGAAGGAAUUAUAAAUUAUGAACUUCGCUAUAAGGAAGGCGAUUCAGACACCCAGAUGAAGAAAACGUUUGGACCCACAAAAUCAUAUGUUGUGGAAAGUCUUCGACCCAAUACAAAGUACCGCUUCUCCCUGGCGGCCAUCUCUAACAAAGGCAUUGGGGCGUUCACAAAUGAAAUUUCUGAGAGGACCUUGCAAGCCAAACCCUCAGCUCCCCCUCAAGAAAUUAAGUGCAGCACUACCAGCUCCACCAGCCUUUUGGUAAGUUGGCGUCCCCCACCUCUGAAGAGUCAGAAUGGUGAUCUGACGGGGUAUAGGGUGCGCUACCAAGUGGUGGGCCCUUCAGAAGGGGCCAGCGACGAUACAGACCCGAUGGAGGAGCCGCCAGUGCCUCCAACUGAAGAGCGGGUGUUGCUGCAGAGACUGGAGAAGUGGACCCAGUACCGAAUCACAUUGUCCGCCUCAACUGAGAUUGGGCCUGGCCCUGAGAGUGAGCCCCUAAUCUGUCGGACAGAUGAAGAUGUUCCUGGGGCAGCACCGAGGAGGGUUGAGGUGGAGGUUCUCAACUCCACAGCACUGAAAGUGAUGUGGCGUUCAGUGACACCUGGAAAGCAAAAUGGUCAAAUUCGUGGCUACCAAGUUCACUAUGUACGUGUUGAAAAUGGCGAGUCACGGGGCCUGCCCCUCAUCAAGGAUGUCAUGCUUGCUGAUGCCCAGUGGGAAACGGACGAUACGGCUGAAUAUGAAAUGGUCAUCGGAGGUCUCAAGCCAGACACCACUUACUCCGUCACGGUAGCAGCAUACACCACCAAGGGGGAUGGAGCACGGAGUAAACCCAAAGUGGUGGUGACCAAAGGGGCAGUGCCUGGUCCGCCGUAUCUGUCAGUAGCUCAAGAUUCAAAGACUUCAGCUGUUGUUCACUGGGAUCCUCCAGACCUGAUAAAUGGAAUGGACCUGCAGGGAUACCGCCUCCAGUUUGGCCGGAAAGACGUCUCCCCUCUGGCCACACUGGAGUUUGCUCCCCAUGAACGGCAGUAUUUUGUGGGCAACGUUCACCGGGGUGCCACUUAUCUCUUUAAGAUCUCCGCCAAAAGCAAAGGGGGCUUUGGGGAAGAGGCUGUGGCAGAACUCGCUGUUCCUGAGAAUACCCCUGGGGGAUACCCUCAAAUUAACGAGGGUUCAAUGGUAACAUGCUGCUCAGUGCAGCUGUCCUGGUCUCCACCAGUGCUGGCAGAGAGGAAUGGGGUCAUCACAGAGUACACUCUGGCUUAUAAAGAAGCCGGAACAAGAGAAGCGCCACAAGAACUCCGUUUACCUCCCCACCAGUCUAGCUUUGAUCUCAACAGCCUCAAACCGAACUCUGCAUAUGAUGUGAAAAUACGUGCCCACACCAGUAUAGGUCCAGGGCCCUACAGCCCGCCCAUCCAGUAUCGGACCAUGGCCAUUGAUACYACAGAUGUCCCAAAGAAUUUUACUGUUAAGUGGGCCACCAAGACAACAAUAGUCAUUGGGUGGAAGUUUUCAGAUAGAGGAUCACCAUACAAAUGCAUGAUUGAAUAUAACGGGCAAAAGAUGGACGUGGAUGCUAGGAAGUUGAAGGCAUACAUCACUGGGCUCAGACACAGCAGUACCUAUAAAUUUGGGGUGAAAUGCCAAGAAGGCCUGGAUGGUGAACCCAGGCAUCGUGUGACAGCCAGUACGGCACCCUUCAUUCUGAUCAAGAAACCCAAACUGGAUAUCUACGCUGAGGCUGAGAACAAGCUCACUAUGUCUUUUCCAUCAUUCAACAGUGGGGAUGUCAAGUACUUCUAUGUGGUCGUGGUGCCUCUUAAAAGAACAUCAGGAACAGUUAAAAACUUGAAGAAUCCUGAUGAAAUGGACAUAGAAGAGCUGCUGAGGGAUGUGAUCCCAAAGCGACGUUCGCGGCGACAGCUGGCUCAACUGGACCAGCGGAGUGCCUACAUCACAGCCUGCUUCAAGAAGCUGCCCUCCACCUUCACAGUGGGAUAUGACCACCCCCUGAGCAGCUGCGAGAACAAGCCCCUCGAUCCUGGUCAGGAAUAUGCCUUCUUCCUGCUGGCUGAACUCAACUCCACUGUGGGGAAAAUGUAUGCCACCAGCCCAUUUACUGACACAGUGAUGACUCCAGAGUUGGUGGUGGAUCCUUUGCCAGUAGAGACUGGUGAUGGACUCAUCUGGGUGGUCGGCCCCGUCUUGGCUGUGGUCUUCAUUAUUGGCAUUGUCAUCUCCAUUCUCCUUUUGAAAAACAAACCAGACAGUCGGAAGAGAAAAGAGUCUGAGCCACGCACAAAAUGUCUGCUUAACAAUGCAGAUAUUACACCCCACCAUCCCACAGACCCCGUGGAAAUGAGACGCAUCAACUUCCAAACUCCAGAUUCUGGUCUAAGCAGUCCUCAGAGUGAAGCAGAUUUUGACUAUGAAAGUAUGAUGAAUCAUCCUCCGAUCCCUAUCUCGGAGCUGGCUGAGCACACCGAACUUCUCAAAGCUAAUGACAACCUCAAACUCUCCCAGGAAUACGAGUCUAUUGAUCCAGGCCAGCAGUUCACCUGGGAGCACUCCAACCUGGAGGUGAACAAGCCUAAAAAUCGUUACGCCAACGUCAUCGCCUACGACCACUCCCGAGUCAUCUUGGCUCCCAUCGAAGGCAUAACGGGCAGCGACUACAUCAAUGCCAACUACAUUGAUGGCUACAGGAAACAGAAUGCUUACAUUGCCACCCAGGGUCCGUUACCAGAAACGUUCGGGGACUUCUGGAGGAUGGUGUGGGAACAGAGAACAGCAACUGUUGUGAUGAUGACCCGGCUGGAAGAGAAGUCACGGAUUAAGUGUGACCAGUACUGGCCAAGUCGAGGCACGGAAACCUAUGGCAUGACCCAAGUAACCCUGUUGGAUACAAUAGAGCUGGCUACUUUCUGUGUCCGCACGUUCUCCCUCCACAAGAAUGGCUCGAGUGAAAAACGGGAAGUUCGUCAGUUCCARUUUACAGCGUGGCCUGACCACGGCGUGCCGGAGUACCCAACBCCCUUCCUAGCCUUCCUCCGUAGGGUGAAGACGUGCAACCCACCUGAUGCUGGACCCAUCAUUGCUCACUGCAGUGCCGGCGUCGGCAGGACGGGCUGCUUUAUAGUAAUCGACGCAAUGCUCGAGCGCAUCAAGCACGAGAAGACGGUCGACAUCUACGGCCAUGUGACGCUGAUGCGCUCGCAGCGCAACUACAUGGUGCAGACAGAGGACCAGUACAGCUUCAUCCACGACGCGCUGCUGGAGGCGGUGGCCUGCGGGAACACGGAGGUGGCUGCUCGCAGCCUGUACUCCUACAUCCAGAAGCUGGCCCAGGUGGAAAGCGGCGAGCACGUCACCGGCAUGGAGCUGGAAUUCAAGCGUUUGGCCAACUCCAAGGCCCAUACAUCACGCUUCAUCAGUGCCAACCUUCCCUGCAACAAGUUCAAGAACCGGCUGGUCAACAUCAUGCCCUACGAGACCACCCGCGUCUGUCUGCAGCCAAUCAGAGGCCUGGAAGGGUCUGACUAUAUCAAUKCUAGCUUCAUUGAUGGAUACAGGCAACAGAGGGCAUACAUCGCCACGCAGGGCCCUCUAGCAGAGACUACAGAAGACUUCUGGAGAAUGCUCUGGGAGAACAACUCCACUAUAGUAGUCAUGUUGACCAAACUUAGAGAGAUGGGCCGGGAAAAGUGUCACCAAUACUGGCCGGCAGAGCGCUCUGCCAGGUAUCAGUACUUCGUGGUAGAUCCCAUGGCGGAGUACAACAUGCCUCAGUACAUCCUUCGGGAGUUCAAGGUCACAGAUGCCAGGGAUGGCCAGUCCAGAACAGUAAGGCAGUUCCAGUUUACUGAUUGGCCAGAACAAGGUGUACCCAAAUCCGGAGAGGGAUUCAUCGAUUUUAUUGGCCAGGUUCAUAAAACCAAGGAGCAGUUUGGACAGGAUGGGCCCAUCUCUGUACAUUGCAGUGCUGGAGUGGGAAGAACUGGAGUCUUCAUAACCCUCAGCAUCGUCCUGGAGAGAAUGCGUUACGAGGGAGUGGUAGACAUCUUCCAAACAGUGAAGAUGCUCCGGACGCAGAGGCCAGCUAUGGUCCAGACUGAGGACGAAUACCAAUUUUGCUAUCACGCAGCUCUGGAGUACUUAGGAAGCUUUGAUCACUAUGCAACGUAAAAAGCCAUCUCCUCCCCUCAGAAWCCUGUUGCCCCCUCCUCUCCCAACUCAACGGUUUCCUGAGCCAUAGAAACGUUUCAAAUUUGAAAUGACAGCAGUUGAUCAUUUUACCACUGCUCGUUCAGAAACACCAAACAGGAUCCUGUAAAUCUUUAGAAAAUAACACCCGAUACGACCAGACAAAGAGAAAUUCCAAUUCAGACUCRAGGCGGAGAGGAAAAUUGCCCAUGAUUUCAACUGAAGACAAUUCUCAGCAACAAGCAACCAGAGGCUGUGGCUCACGCUGUGGGGUGGGUGUCAAUCAAAGUGUCGGACUGCUUACCUUACCUCAAGUGUUUCAGUGGAGGAAGUUGUAAACAUUCGUGGACAUUUCUCUUCUAAAAAAAUAUCUUUAUGAUACAGCGGCAACAAACAACCGCAAUUGAAGGAAAAAUGGAACGAAAAUCAAAGAGAAGCAGAUGGAUGUAGCCAAGACUGGGACACGUGCCUGUUUUGGAUGUAAAAAAAAAAGGGGGUUAAGUGUUUCUAUUGACUGUUUUUGAGUUUUAUCCUGAGAAAUGGCCAAACCGCGGCGACUCCUAGGUUUUCCCAAACUUUGGUCAUUUGGUCAUCAAGUGAAACGGAACAAGAAAACCGGCCAUCAAAAGGAAACCUUGAGUUUCUACACAAUUCUACAUACAAUUACAUUAUGAAUAGUUGUGCAGAAAACAUCCUCUACAAUUUAAGAAAAUGUCACCAAACUGCCUGUAAGCACAAAGAGCUUUAAGAAAGCACACUCCCAGUGGUUGUCAAAAAGAAAGCAGCAGCACAUAUCGUAAAAUUUGUUCCAUUGUAUUAAUGUGUAAAGCCUGCUUCCUAAGCCAGGUGACCCUAGUAGAGUUAAAAUCUCCACAGUAUAU